CCGGACGUGGCAGUAGUCCUGAAUCAGAGCAACCGGACCAGUGUGAAAUUAUCUCACUUUCGUCUGCUGUGGUUAAUAUCAGUGGUACUUCCAUAGAUCCAAACAUCGUCGGCCAGUUAUGGGGCUCACUAUCUCAUCAAUCUUCGGCCGGCUUUUUGGCAAAAAACAGAUGAGGAUUUUGAUGGUUGGGCUGGAUGCUGCUGGAAAAACGACUAUCUUGUACAAACUGAAGCUCGGUGAAAUUGUAACCACCAUCCCAACCAUUGGUUUCAAUGUGGAGACAGUAGAAUAUAAAAAUAUCAGUUUCACUGUAUGGGACGUCGGUGGCCAGGACAAGAUCAGACCCCUCUGGAGACAUUACUUCCAGAACACGCAGGGCCUCAUCUUUGUCGUGGACAGUAAUGACAGAGAAAGAGUGGCAGAAUCUGCAGAAGAGCUCUCAAAGAUGUUGCUGGAGGAUGAAUUGAAAGAUGCUGUUUUGCUGGUGUUUGCUAACAAACAGGAUCUCCCCAAUGCCUUAUCAGUCAGUGAGCUCACAGACAAACUUGGCCUACACGCUCUCCGCAACAAAACUUGGCACAUUGAGUCAACCUGCGCCACCCAGGGCACUGGGCUCUAUGAAGGACUUGAUUGGCUAUCCAAAGAGCUUUCCAAGAACUAAUGAAAGAUUGGCUGGGCAGAUGAGAGUGAGAGAGACUGAACACCACAGGACAGGAGGGAAGGCACAGACAUUCAGUCCAGAAGCAUUUGGUCUUCCAGCACCAAUGUUCAAAAAAGGACAAGGCUGGUGGACAAUAUAAUCAUCUUUGGGAAAUUUUACUAUCUCAUACUUCUUAUUUUGUUAUCAGUUCUACUAGCAUAUUAUCUCUUGACAUAGUCUCUUCUUUUCUCCCUUUGUUCCCAAACUCUAACAUGGCAACAAGUUGUAAUCAAGUAUGAUGAGGAAAUGGCCUAUUAGGGAAAUUUCAUGGAAAUAAUGAAUAGAGUAUUGGGAGUUGUUUUUCCACUUGACACCUUGGCUCUCGUCUAGGCAGCGUUUGCAGGAAUCAACCACUUGUAUAAUUUUUGUGACUCACUUAAAGUCAUUGUCGAGCCUAGUUUAGGGGGAUAUGAUAAUAUAACCCUAGAGUUUUGGGGAAGGACAACAUGUAGUCCACCACAAGCUGUUCAUCUCUGCAACUUCUUGUUGAUAUUUGACUCCCUUGCAGACCUGACCCCAUGUCCUCAAUAUCAUGCCAGUUCAUUUUUCUGAAGGAAACCUGUAGAAUGAGAACAAUGAGGAUUGCAGUGAUUUCACAGAUAGAUUUUUUUUUGUAGUGUGGAACCACGUGGCCUCCCAGUAAAUGGAUCCAAAAAGGAACAUUGUGCCUUCGGGUCCCUCUUUACACAAACCUGAGUAAUCCUUUCCUUAUCCCAUUCUUAGGUCAUGUUCUUUCCUAAGAUGCUUUUGUGAGUUUUUCUUUUUUUUCUCUUUUGCUUUUGAAAGACAAAAUAAUGCAAUAAGACACUUCCUUUUGUGCUGCAGUGUAUGCUGUGGUGCAGCAGAACCACAUCAGUGCGAGUGUAGAUUGCCUCCUUGCAAUUUGAACAUUUGUGAAUUUGUCCUCACUCCUCUUCCUUCCUUUUUUUUAACAACCACCAUGAAAAAAAGGAUUUAAUGAAAAUUUCAGUUCUUCUAUCCUCUCUAACAGUAAAUUUUUUUUAACUUAAAAGAAGGAAGGAAGUGUCUUUUCAGUGUUGACACAAGGCCAGUGUCAGCUCAACUCAGUAAAGUGGCAUAUUUUUUGGUGUUGUUUUGUUUGUUUUUUGGCAGUGCUUAGUGCUGAGUUUGUUGUGCCGGCUGAUGGCAAAUACUGUAAUAUGUUCUUAAUUAUUCCACCCCCUUUCAAACUCAAAAACAUACCUGCCCAUCAAUUUAUUUGGGUAUACAUUCCAACCUAUGCUUGCAGAUGCUCGAGCUGCCACUCUUAAAAAUUAUUUGCAAAAAAUAUUUUACAAAAAAAAGCUCUGAAUAAAGCCAGUGUUUAAAAU